AGCUAGACCGUUGAUGCUGUUCAGUGGUGCUAUAGCUGCAGGAUUUAUCAUCAUAGCCGCAGUGGUAUCAACGUCACUGGUCCAUAUUGCUCUGUGUUUCAUCGGAUGCAGUUUUGGGUAUGCCAUGGUGCGAAAUGCUGCAGUCGCAGUUCUGAUGCAAUAUUUCCCGGAUAAUUUCGCCUCCAUGAAUGGGGUGAGUUCGGUAGGAGGCCCUGUGGGUAUGAUGAUCGUCCCUCCCAUGGUUCAGCAACUGCUCAACCUUUAUGGCUGGCGAGGUGCUCUUGCUCUUCUCGGUGCUAUGUCGGCAAAUUAUUGCGUCUUCGCUGCUCUGGUAAGACCUCUGCGUACCAGAAACUCCUACACACCAAUAGCUGAUGGUGAGCCGAGCUCUACAACAAACCAAUCUUCCAAUGAGUCACUCUGGGGCAAGUUGAGACAAAAGUUUGAAACAAUACGUGAUAAACUUUGCCUCCAAAUGUUCGUUGAUGAACCGGGAUUCCUCACCCUCCUGCUGGUUAGUUUCCUCGAGGGUACCUUAUUUUGUGGUUGGCAUAUCUUUCUCGUCCCGAAUGGUAUUGCUCUGGGUUUCAAUGUGACAAGGUCGUCUUUUCUGGCCUCUUUUACCGGCUUCGGAAGCAUGUUUGGGCGCCUUUUAUCCGGAUUUUUAAUCGACCACGGACUGCUGCAAGCACAUCAUGUCUUCGCUGGGUCGUCUUUCCUGCUGGCCUUGGUGUGUCUCCUUGAUCCCAUCGCUGCACCAUCAUAUGAGGCAGUUGCUACCCUCGCCACUCUUGGCGGGUUUUUCUUUGGAGUCUGUGCUCCAUUACUUGUUGUCCUAACGGUUAAUAUUCCUGAAGAGAGAAGAGUGUGUGCCCUAUCUUGGAUGUUUUUAUUCACUGGUUUCGGUAUGUCAGCAGGAGGUUACACAGUCGGUUGGAUAUAUGACAUGACGGGUGAUUAUGGAGUUGCUUUCUGCACGAUGGGAGUCAUUUCUGCUGUCAUGGGAGUGUUGUCUUCGACGUUGGGACCUUUGCGCUUUUCAUGUAAAACUUAGGAUCGGAAGUAGGAUUGAAUGAACCAAAGGCAGAGAGAAACUUUUAAACGGACACGAUUUCAAGCCCUUUGAAAAUUUCGAGUAACAGGCAUAAGAGUGUCCUUUAUGAAAUUAAUCUCAGAUGCUUUAACCAAACCCUCAAAAUGUUGUUCGUGGUCACACAGUGGUCUCAUCGUCAAAUUUCAUAGCAAAGCUUAACGGUAGGCAAAUUUGCGUGCUUACUGUAGCCGAAUAAUUUGCUUAAAGGCA